UCGUCGAGUCGGAGAGUCGGUGCGUGUGGAACAUACCGCAUUUGUAAUUCUUUAAAUAAUGCCAAAUUAGCAAAACUGCGUCAAUUAGUGAAACAGAACCCAUUUAGUUUCAUAAGCCCAUUCCAGUGCUUCUAAAAAUGCGAAAAACCUUGAUGGUCUUGUGCAUAAUUUUAAACCUAACCCCAAAUAUCCACUACGUGUCAAGCUCAAGUAAAGAAGAGGCUGCCAAAGCGAAAUUACCACCCUGUCGGGCGUGCAAAAUUUUUAUCGAAUCGUUCAAAAAGGGCAUAGAGAAGACAAAGAAGGGUAAGUUCGAGGGCGGCGACACCGCUUGGGAGGAGGAAAAGCUGGGCAGUUACGCCACUAGUGAAAUUCGUUUGAUCGAAAUUCAAGAAAGCGUAUGUUCCGAUGUUGUCGAGGGUAAAGACCAGUGCUACGCCCUUCACGAGCAGUACGACUCGGAAAUAGAAGAGUGGUGGUUUCACAAACAGGGCGACGAGCCCGACUUGUUCAAGUAUUUUUGCAUAAAGACCGUCGAGCACUGCUGCCCUGACCUGCACUAUGGGACCAACUGCACCCCCUGUCCGGGGUACCCCGACAACGUGUGCAGCAACAACGGGAAGUGCAAGGGCUCAGGCACGCGCAAGGGAAGUGGGCAGUGUAGUUGCGACCCCGGGUACACUGGCGAGACGUGCAAUGCCUGUGCCGAAACCUACUAUGAGGCCUAUAAGGACGAGAAAAAGUUACUUUGCUCAAAGUGCCACACGUCCUGCGAAGGGCCCUGCUCGAAGGCGGGCCCCGCUGGGUGCGAGAAAUGCAAGCCGGGCUGGGUUAUGAGCAAGGAGAAGGGCUGCACUGACAUCAACGAAUGCGCCACCGCACAGUCGCCCUGCAAGUUGAACCAGUUCUGCGUCAACAAUGACGGCUCUUACAAAUGUUUAGACUGUGAUAGGUCCUGUGCCGGGUGCACGGGCGACGGGCCCGACAUGUGCACCCAAUGCGCCUCCGGUUACGUUCUAGUGGACAACAUGUGCACAGAUGCAGAGCAAGAAAGCCGCAAGCAACACGUUUUCCUGACAAGAUACAUGACUUAUCUCGGCCUGUGUGUGGCAACUUGUAUUAUUUUCAACAAAAAUACGAUUUUAGCCGCUAUUAUUGGAAUUGCCGUCGCGAUUUAUAUUUCCGUGUCUGAGUAUGUUCUCAAUUCCCCACCAAUUCCAAAAACCGACGAUUUAGCCGAACAGUUACUGCACUCACAAUAGAUCGUUUCGUUUAAUGUGAUUUUGUUACCGUUUUGAUCAUUAGGUGGUAAAUGUACCAAAUUUUUGAAGUACGAUGUUAGUCAAGAAAUCUUCCGUUCGUAGGUUUAAGUUACUGUUUGUAUAUACUGACUGAUUGUUGAUUGCAUAGAUUUAUUUAUUUUUCGGUUUAGUGGUGUGAUAGGCAAUUUAUCAAAAUUGUAAGACAAGUUUUGUACUUUUCAAUAAAGGUAUUGCCAGAACAA